UCAUUUGUUUGUUUUUACUUUAUUAAUUAUUAUCAUUGUUCCAGAGAGUAGUUCAUUAGUAUGUUAUGGGGGAGAGGGGGUUUCAAUGAUUGGCUUGCAAGGCCCAUUCAUGACCACAGUCCCAUUGGAACACCACCACCUGAUGAAGAGACAGAGAGAGUGAAGUGGGAGAGUAUCCAUCCACACAUGGUGUGUUGAUGAUGAUGGACUCCGUUCCAGGACAGAAACGGCAUAUACCCCCACCCCACCUUUCUUUCCUUCAGGAGCUGUGCUUCCAAAACCAGGAAGAAGGGAAAUGAUGAAUGAAUGAAUAGAAGGAAGGAAGUGCAUGAUGGGAACAACAACAAAGGGGCAAGAGAGAGGGGUUCACAAGUCAUCAUCAGAUUUUAUCACAAGCGUGAUGAUGCAGUCUAAUACAAGCUUGCUACUGCUGCUCAUGGCCCUAUGAUUUCCUCUUUGUGCAGUCAUGGCUGGAUGAUGAGCAAGCAGCCCUGCGAGUAAGCUAGCGAGUGGAGGGGGUAAAGAGAGAGAGAGAGAGAGAGAGAGAGUGUGAGUGUGAAGUUGCCAAUCCUCCUCUGCCAGUUGCAGCAAGCAACGCAGGGCCAAGCACAACGGGUCAAGGAGUGUCGCAGCUUCGGACAUACAGAGCUCAAACCCCUCACCCACUUGCCUUGGUUUCUCUGUCAGUCUUUCGGGGUGAAAUCGUUGCCGUCGAUGGUGAAAAAAGAAAAGAAAAAGAGAGACGAUCAGGGCAACUGGCGUGGGGCGGUCGUUUCUUUCAGCUCCGAAAAGAGCAGCGUGAUACAAAAAAAAACUGGCGACGGGGUUGCGCCGCCCGUUUCGCAACGAAUUCUGUGUGCUAUAACUGCGAUUACGGUUAAAGCGAAACUGAAAGACGGGGAAUUGAUUGUAAGAGACUGAAGAAGAAGAAGCAUAAGGAGGAGGUGGAGGAGGAGAAGAAGGGCGGAGGUGCCACUGAUUUCACUCGCUGGGUAUGACUAAUCACUCGUUACGGCACCCAACUGUCGUCUCCUUCCUGAGCAAGUCUAUGAAAAUCCACCCGCAUAAAGUGAAAGGAGAAAAACCGCAGAGAAUGAUGAACUUAGGAGUGUGAUGGUGGUGGUAACCCAGGGAGAAAUUUGGAGCUUCGCAGCGGCCGAUUCUCCAGGAGGGAUAAAAAAGAAUAAAGAUAACAAAAACAGUACAAAAAAACAAUUAGUGGAUGAAGGGCUAAAUGUGGUAUGAGAAUCGCUUCGGAGCAGCAGUGAGCGAUUGAUGAUUGAUUCGGCCCCUGACUUGGCUGAUUCCCAGGACGUCCAGGUGAACUCUACCGUCGUGGCCAUCUCCGAGAAACCCGAACUUGCCUCAUUUGAGGGCCAUUUCGCGCACUGCGCCUCGUUCGGAGCUCGGCUUGUCAUCUGCUGGCGUGAUUGAUUGUUUUGUUUUCUUUGACUGCGUCGUGAGCCGGGGGGAUAGUCGUUUGAUGUAUUCUGUGGGAUUGCGGGGUAAUCACUCGAGUUGUUUGCGCGCAUUGAGGUUGGGAGCAAUCGUUGAGAGUUAGUGGAAUGGUUUGCGAGAUGGCAGGUGAGAGGGCGUGGUGGGUCAAGGGGGUAGCCAUGGCAAGGUUGGAAUUUCAGUGAAAAGGUGGUUAGAAGUGGGAAGCGAGCUAACGUCGUAUUGAACGAGGGCGAAGAGGUUGCUGCAUUGGUAGAUCUGGUUGAGCGGAAUUGGAGUGGAGAUGGAGAGAGAGAAACAUGGGUCACGAAGGUGAUGUGACGUGAAGAAGCCAAUCGUAGGAAAAGAGUUUGGAGAGUAGAGUUGUGAGCUGAGGGUGCGGAGAGGGGUGGGAGGGGCGGUGAAUUCAUGAAAGAUGGGCGCAGAGAGAAUAGCAGCAGUUGGUCCAGCGUAUCAGGGGGUAGAGGAGAUGGCUAACCUGUCUGCGCUCCGAACACAAUCAUCAGAGGGCGCGAGCGGACGCAGGCUGCUGGUGGGCAUGAAGCUCAACACUUCUUGCAGGGAGAUGCUCACCUGGACCAUUGCCAAGUUGGCCCAGCCCGGCGAUCACAUCCUUGCAUUGCAUGUCUCCUCGUUUCCGCUGCUCGAAGAGCCUACAACCAAGGAAAAGGAGUCUCAUGUUCAGCAAUUGGCCCAAACUUUGCGUGGAGUUUUCUCAGUCUACGAAGCCUUGUGCAAUCUGAAGCAGAUAAAACUGCAACUGGAGAUCGUCAGUGGGUACAAGGUCAAGCACAUCUUAGUUGAGGUUGCCAGGAGUUAUGACGCUUGCAAACUCAUUCUCGGCACCAACAACAGCUUCCCCGUGGGCCGGACGAAGGCGGUCGGUAGAUACUGUCUGAAGCGGCUGCCUCGCACUUGCAUUGUUGUAAUCCUUGACCAGGGCGAGAUUAUUUUUGACAAAAGGGGAACGCUCGGCACAGGCAUGACAAGGUUAGGCAUGAUCAAAGUAUUUCGGCGAAGUAUGCGGAUUGGGCAGAACAAGAAGUUGGGAAGCGACGUUGGAUUGGAUGGGUCCGGAGAUAGUGAGAAUCCAGAUCUUGGAAAGCUGAACACCAGUCUUUCCGGGAUGCCCCAUUAUCAACAAAGUCUCACUUCGAGCACUCGUGGUGAGCGGGACUUGAGCUUUGGGUCUUGUUCUUCGGUUCUGCAAGAACACUUCUCAAACUCUCCCGUGAGUGUGCUCCCCUCAGAGCGACGCAACAGCACGUCUGGUUUUGAGGCUCUUCGUAUGUCAUUCUCCAAGCGCCGUGCGCAAGGGACGCUAAAAGCAUCAGCCAAACUCAAACCAAGAGCUGCGGAGGUUGAAGAUGAGAGAUCGGAUAUGUUUCUCCUUCGAGAGCCGGACAGCAACGACGCAGCUGAGUUGAAUAACUCAUCUGGUUCAGGCGCCAAAGAUCCCGUGGAACCUGAACUUACCGUGGCUGAUUCCGAAGUGCCAAGAGCGUCAAAGGAUGGUUUUGUCCCAGGAUGGCCCCUUCUGCACCAAACCAUGGGAUUCGAGAAUAAGUCUCAGCCAGCUAAUGAUAUCGCGGAUCGUGAUUUGUCAGUUAUAAAUUUGGCUUUGCAAUUGCCGGAACAAGGGCAUGAUCCAUCAUCAUCACCACCACUGCCACCAAAACAAUUUAGGGUUGACGAGUUGAAUGGAAAGAGCAGAACAAGAGAUUCUUGUCAGUCAGUAGCGCAAGAAGUGGAUUGCCUUCGCUUAAGUCGACCUAUCACUGCAUUUGCUUAUGAGGUUCUCGAAGCCGCGACCUCCAUGUUUUCUCCAGAUAAUGUGGUAGGACGUGGAGGAGGAAGCGAGGUGUUCAGAGGUAACUUGCAGGAUGGGAGGGUAGUGGCAGUGAAGCGACUGAACCAUGGUCCACAAUCAGAAGAAGAAUUUUCGAUCGAUAUUGAAAUUAAUACAAGUUUGGAACACCCACAUAUUGUUUCGCUGCUUGGGUACUGUCUGGAGUCAUCGCACAGGCUUCUUGUCUACGAUUAUUUACCCGAAGGAAACUUAGAAGACCAUCUUCAUGCUACAGGAAAAGAGGCAUCAAUGGUUCCAUGGGAAGUGCGGUACAAAGUGGCAGUGGGCAUUGCCAAGGCUCUUGAGCACCUUCACAAGGGCUGCACCAGGCCCGUGAUUCAUAGAGACGUUAAAACCUCGAACAUACUUCUUACCGCUGACUUCGAAUCUCAGUUGUCGGACUUUGGGCUUGCGAAGUGGGCACCCACCAAGGCUUCUUACCUUCUGUGUAAUGACGUCGUUGGAACGUUUGGGUACUUGGCCCCGGAAUACUUCAUGUAUGGGAGGGUGAACGACAAGAUCGAUGUGUACGCAUUCGGUGUAGUGCUUUUAGAGCUUAUCACGGGUAGGAAACCGAUCGAUACCACGAGGCUUAAAGGCGAAGAGAAUCUCGUGAACUGGGCAAGGCCUCUGCUGGUUGACAGAGCAUUGAACAGAUUGGUGGACCCUCUGCUACAAGGCUCAUACGAUGAGGGGCAGAUGAACAGCAUGGUGAUAGCAGCCUUACUCUGCACCCAACAAUCCGCUCAACAGAGAGCACAGAUGAGUCAGAUCCUGCAAGUUCUCGGUGGCGACCACGAAGAAGCGCUGAGCACUUGCUUAAGGCUUGUGGAUGCUGAAGAGGUGGAGUGCCCUCUGGACGGAGGAGCUCAUGAUGGCUAUGGCGAUUCAACCAACAACAUCCGCAACCAUUUGGCUCUUGCAAUGCUGGGCGUAGACGAUGACGCAAACUCGCAAUGCAGUGUAGAUCUAAGCAGUGUGGAUGUUCCCCACUCUAACAAGUACCUAGAGGAGUAUCUGGAAGGCCGGUUCAGCCGAUCAGCCAGUUUUGAGGAUUAAUCUCGCUGGUUCGUCUUGUUUUUGAGGUUGAGAGAUGCAAAGGAACAUUGGUACAGUAGGAGAGGUUCGGUCUGCGAGGCAUCGAUUAGAGAAUAGGUAUGUACCAUAUGAGAUUAGGUUAUUUUUUUGGGCUUUGUCCAAUUGGCUUUGAAGAGUGAGUAGCUAUUCUCCGCCUUCUUCGAGAGAUUUUAAGAAAGAGCGGGAGCUUCAUGAAGCUCAUGACCACCUUGUGCACAAAAACAACCUUGAGGUUCCACUUAUGCGGACCUUGUGAAUUAAAAUUAGGGACUAGCCAAUGCUGUUUGAUACAGAUCCCUUAAGUGCUAUCACCUGAGAUGUGCACGCAUAUUUACAUGUACCGAUGUGUUUCUCUAGUGUAACGACUUCAGCCAAGAAGAGUGUAUUCUCUCA